GCGUAACGUGGGAAGUCUCCUUAAAGAAGGUAAACGCAAUGGAGUUGCCGACGAAUUAUCAGAUUUUUUUACAAUUGUUUGGACUUUUGUCUAUCUCAUCAAUUGUAACAGGAUUCCAGUAUGACCUUGUUACCUGUGGGUCCUCUCUAAAGUUGUUGAACACCUACCACAAUGUAAGACUUCACUCCCAUGAUGUCAAGUAUGGAUCAGGAAGUGGACAACAGUCUGUAACGGCUGUAGAGUCUUCUGAUGACCAUAAUAGCUACUGGCAAGUGAGAGCUAAAACUGGGACACAUUGUGUACGAGGUCAGCCUAUAAAAUGUGGUCAGACUAUACGACUGAUGCACCUGCAGACCCGCAGGAAUCUCCACAGCCACCACUUCCAGUCUCCUCUCUCUCAUAACCUGGAGGUCAGCGCCUUUGGGGAGGACGGGGAGGGCGAUGAAGGUGACAAUUGGGCUGUUAUUUGCUCUGGGAAACACUGGAGUAGGAACGAGAAAGUACGACUGAAGCAUGUUGUCACUGAAUAUUAUCUCCACGUGGCUGGUGAAACGUUUGGUCGCCCGAUCGCAGGUCAGCGUGAAGUGUCUGCCUAUUCAUCACCCAGUGAUCUUAACUACUGGCAGGCAAUGGAGGGGAUCUAUGUGAAACCCUCGGAGGACCCUGUUGGCACGUAUAGGGCCGAUAGCCCGCAUGUCGCACAGGCUCACACUGAACUGUGAUCUAGUAGCUAACUUAAAUGUAACGCAUUCUUAUUGGGCCAUUUCACAGUUUCCUGAGCCGUGAUCUGGUAGAGAACUUAGUUGUAAGGCAUACAGUUUGGGUGGUUUCACAGUUUUGACAUUGUCUUUUUACAACAAUGAGUCGUAGAACAGAAAUGGGAAGAAUCUUACUUAGUCAUAGUUGUAUCUUUUUAUGUUGUUUUGGCUGCAAAAAUAAAUAUUCUAGUAUUUAUGAUGUCUUUUGUAAACAUGAUUACUCUGGUAUGUCAACCAUUAAGCAAGUUUUUAGUGACAUUUACAUAGGUACUAAUACCUUUACAAGGUAUACACAUUUUUAUUGGCAAAAAGUUAGGUUUGUAAAAUAAUUUUCUCCAAGUCAAAACUGUGAAAGUGCCCAACAUGUUUAUGCAUACUGUAUACUGAAAUUCUUGAAAUCUUAUGUAAUAAGUUUUGAUUAUGCUGUCUUGAUAAAUAGUGUUUCUUUUAUUUCUUGUAUAAAGCAUGCUUGCUACUAUUUGCACAAAACACUUUUGUUAAUUUUUGGCAAUGCUUUCUUUAGUAGUGCUGUUUUUUUUUUUUUAAAUAUUUAUGUGAAAUCUGUAUUUAAAUUUUUCAUUUUAAGGGUUACUGAUUUUUCUGAAUUUGUGUGGUAGAGGAAUGAUUUAAGAACUAUUUCCUAUUGUUUUUGUUUAUCUGUAUCUGCUGUUAUUUAAUGUUCACCAUACUGUUAGUUUUAUUGAUAGCGAAUGUUCACAUCAACUGAGACUGUUUCAAGACAACAAAUCAUAAAUGUGGCUGUACAAAUAACUGGAAAUUCAUAAAUGCUGUUAUUGAAAACAUUGUCGUUGUUUUCUUUUAAGGGAAAUUGAGUUUCUUAAAAGUAGUUUUUUUGUGUUGGUCAGAGUUUCUUUCUCAUCGGAUGCUAAUAUGUUUAAUACUUUUUGUACAUGUAUUUAAUAUUCUGUAUAGAACAAACAUAUUAAUAAGACUUUAUUUCUAAAUGUCAUUCUGUAUUCUCUGUUCAUAUAAUGUGUGUAUAUACACAUUUCCUGUAUGUGUCCUUCAAGUUACAUGACUGCAAAAUUUACAAGUGUCAUUGAAAAAGUGUAUAUUCAAAGAUGAAGAGUGUUUGGGAAUGUUCGUUGUUAAAUUUCGAGGUGAAGUAUGGGUGCACAUGUGACAUCAAGGGUGAUUUAGAGCUGAUAAAAUGUUCAGGUUUGUGUCUAUAAAAUUGUCUAAUGAAAUAUUGAAGUUAUUGGUAAGUCAUCUGUACAUUGAUUUAAAUUGCUUUAUGAAGAAUAAUUAAGUUAAGUCAACAAACAAUUUAACAGGACAGUAUUUUCAGUUAUUUGACAGCUUAUUGUACAAUUGGUGAUAUAUUGGUAUGAGUAUGCCAGUGGUGAACAGUAUACAAUGCUGUUAAAUAAUAUGUUUAUUCUGUGAGUUAUUUUCAUCUUUUACAUGAUAACAUCAAAACAAGUAUACAUUAACAUCAUUUGAUGACGUUUUGUGACAUUUGCUUUAAAACGUAAUGUUUAUUGAUAUAAGAAAAACACCUUAGACUGUCCAGAAAGUUAUUCACAACAUAUUUUUGUUUGUGAUUUUUGUUAUUAAACAAUAUUUUCACAGAUCUACAUAAUGUUUUGUUUCAACAGCAUGUCCAUUCUAUAGAUUUUUUAUGAUGCAUAAGUAUGGAAUAAACUCGGAUAUAUUUUUUAAAACUCUUUUUAUUGGCCAAUAUAUUGGAUGCACCUGUUUCAAAGUGGUUAAAUAUUGCAUAGUCAGGUGGUACGAAUUGCAACAGUGGAUUGGCUGAUAUGAAAGUCAGGUGGUACGAAUGGCAACAGUGGAUUGGCUGAUAUGAAAGUCAGAUGGUACGAAUGGCAACAGUGGAUUGGCUGAUAUGAAAGUCAGGUGGUACAAAUGGCAACAGUGGAUUGGCUGAUAUGAAUAUGCAUGAUAUGUUCAGAAUGUGUCCAUGUCUCAAGCCUAUUAUUCUAUUGGAUGCGAGUUGAGUGAUUUUAGGUGUUUACGUGUCUUUCACUAAUGCACUGUUUCAACUGUUGAAGCUUCUCAUUUACGUAUAUUGCUUUUAAGAUUUCAAAUGAUUGCCACAUUGUAUACAUGUGAUGGUACAUAUUACUCUGUCAAUAAUGUUUGUUUUACGAAACUGUUUACACACCUGUUUGUAAUUUCUAUUGAAUAUUGUUGGAACGUGCAUGUGCAUUUGUGUGUAAUAAAUACUGGUACCUUAAAUACAUAUCGUCUUUGAAAUCCAUAUUUCAGCCAAUUUGCCAUAAUUUCAUGUACAGUCUAUAAAUCUCUCUCUACAUAUCUGUCAAUAUCAAACACAGUAUUAGGCUUAAUAGGUAAAAAUUAUUAUAAUAGUAAAAAAUUACGUACCGGUAAUUUGUAAAUAUUCUGUUGUUGUAUUAGUUGUCACAUGUUAGAGAACUGUUUUAGUCUAGGAGCGUUACUGUUAAUAAAUUGUUUGAUUUACUUUUCUCACACAUCAUUCAUUGAAUAUGUAUAUUUACUCUGGAACAAAACUGGUUGGCCAUUAUUAAUAUAACCACAUAUUUUAUUAAUAGAAGCAUUAAUGAAACUGAAUGUGAACCACUUGAGAUUUGUUUAUUCGUACAAGUUUAAAUUGUGUAGUGUUGACUCUAUGUCUUUAUAAAUAACGUGUUGUUCUAUGGGGCCUCUCAUCAAUUUGGCAUAAUUUGUUUUAUUGUUUUCAUGUUAAAAAAUAUAUGUAUUAAAAAUAAGUGUUAUGAAUCGUUUUAAAAACUUUGUUUCUGUCUGAACACAUUAAAAAAGAUAGCAUUGUGCAUGCUCAUGAAAAGAUACCGAUAAUUAAUAUUUCACCUAUCGCGAUAAAUAAAACAAAAACCUAACUGUU